UGACUUUGCAUUUCCGGGUCGGGGGCUGCUUUGUUUACUAACAGUCCUCCUCCCUGUUGGCUCGGGCACACUGCUCUGGAUGGCUGUGCACAGCCAAUCCAGAGCAGUGUGCUUACAGUGAAUCACACCCUGCCCCCCUAGUAUAACACUCUCAGCACACAGUUAACCCUUUAAUUGCCCCGUAUGUUAACCUCUUCCUGUCCAGUGCCAUUAGUACAGUGUCAGUGCUUUUUUUUUAGCACUGAUCACUGUAUUGGUGUCAAUAGGGAUGUCAGUGACACCAAGUCAGUUCCCCCCAGUGUCAAAAUGCUCGCUGCAGUUCCGCUAUAA